AUGAAUUUUGGCCAAACAAUGAGUGCACCGAUGAUUGCGAACAACACUGCACUGCGAGUGUCUGUGGCACAUGUGGUGAUGUUGGCCAUGGAUGAUGUGGGCCGAUGUCUACUCGAUGUCAUCGACGACCCACAGCUCUUGCAGUCCUUCCUCGAGAACACCAACGGAGCCAUCGGUCGCGAGAAUCUCCACAACAGUCUACACAACAAUCCCAACCAUAAGAGCAUCGCUUCUGUGAAACCAAUUGACCCCAAAUUGGCGGCCAAUAUAUCCAUUGCCACACAAUUCUCGGACACCAAACAAGUGGAUCACGUGACCAGUUCUGGGGGCAACCGCUCUCCGCUCCAGAGCAUCAAUAAACCCACUUCUGGUCAGUUAGUGAUCGAUGAGAAGCAGACAAUAAAUAUGGUGUCGUCUUCGGUCGGAUUGAUUCCAGUGAGUGCUCUGUCCAACGCCGUGACCGCCACUUCGCUAUCCAUAGCACAGCCAACGCUCACCGCUUACACGACCACUGCAUCCGUGGGACAGAUGUCCACUACAAUGAGGACUUCAGCCCAGGGUUGGCCUCCGACUCAGUUUCAAUUAGCCAACCCUCGCGGCGGCGGCGCUCUGACUGUACAAAUGCCGCAACAAUUUCUACUACCACCCGGUGCUAUGCAAAUGACAGGACCCGGUGGUAUACAGCAACUCGUGCUGACCCGUCCCGGUGUACCGCACGGGGGAAUACCCCCCGGCAUACAACCGGGACAAUUGGUCCAAAUAAUACAGACUCCUUCGGGGCCGCAGAUACUGCCCACGAAUCCGACGGCAACCGUACAAUCAAUUGUGAGUACAAGUGUUACAACAAAGUCAUCGUCGACCACAUCGUCGUCGCGUUCUAACAAACAAAUACUACCCAAACCUCCCGGUUCUUCGGUGUCGGCCACUAAUGCCGUCACCACUAAUAGUAACAAUAAAUGUCAACAAAUGACACAACAAAACACGUUAAAAGUGAUCAAUAGUUUGCCGAACGCGCCUCAGUUCGCGUCCGCGCAGAUACCGACGAGCGGUGCGGCCGGACAUCAAACACAACAGAUACUGAUCGGUCCGGGAGGCCAUCCCGUGAUCUCCGGACCUCAGGGCACGUUCCUAUUGAAUCACAUGAUACCCGGCAUCGGUGGCCAACCCAUACUCAUCAAUGGGAAUCUCGGGAACGGAAUUCCCAACUCUUUUCAGUUGACUCUCAGACCAAACACAUCGCACGGCUCUUCAAUGAUGACAAUGUCUAACGGACUGACGGCUCCCCUCAUGUCUGCGUCCGAAAACAACACCAAUAUAUUGAACGCAUUGAAUGCAAACGUCGCGAAACAGACGCCAACACAAUCACCACAGCCUCAGACUUUUGUGAUACCAAACCACUCGACCGCUGUCUCGAGCGCUGCCCCGGGAAUGGUUGUGACGAAUGCGGGCCGACCCGCGCCUAAUAUAAUCUUUACGCGACCGCAAAUGAUGGGCGCGCCUCAAAGUCAGCCUCAGGGCCAACAGUUUCUACAAUUGCAAACACCAAACGGUCCUAUUUUAGUGGCACUACAAACACAACCCCAACUCAUACCGCAACAGCAGGCGUCCGCCUCACAGCCCACUCAUGGCAUCCAAUUGGGUAAUCACAUGAUACCGAUAGGGGCGCAGCACAUGUCCUCACAAUUAGCACCUAAUCUGAACGCAAGUAUUCAAACAGCGGCCGCACAUCCGGCACUUCACGCACUUCUAACCCAUACGGAUAACACGAGCGGCCAAACAGUAAUACAGACUUCUGUGCCAUCAGUGGUGACCUCCAACACACACGUGAUACUGACAUCGCAGCCCCAAAUCAUAACUCGUCCACAACUACAACAGUCGCAGAGCCAACAGUUGAAGCACUCUUCGGCGCCAUCUCUUAAUUUGGCGGAAUUGCUUAAAGAGCACGGAAUCCUUCCCGAGUCGAGCCCUCCCUCAUCGCCCACUAAUAACUCACUCACAGACAUAACUACAGGUGCUAUACAUUCGGAACUGAUUCAUCCGACACAACAAUCACACCAAACGGUUCUAAUGGUUCCGAGUGGUCCCAACCAACCGCCCAAUAUUGUCUUAACUCAAAACCCAGUGCAAGCGACAGCUCCGCCCCAACUGAGACUAGCGUUAGGUCCCGACGGAAGUGUUAUACUUCAGCCACACAUCACUACAAACACUAAUGGUUUAGUUCCACAAAUUCAGUCACAAUUCAUCUCGAAUUCAAAUAAUUUGAAAUUCAAUGAAUCGUUGAAAGACUCGAGUGGUUUGGGUUCAUCACAACCAUCGCCGGACUCGACCACUCCUAGCAUCGACUCCACCUCUACUUCAUCCACAAACGCAACGCUCAGCCAAACGACCACCACUUCUACGACAACAACUCCGUCAGCGAUUGGUCAGAACACGAGCACUACAUCGACGUCCGCCUUAUUGGAUCAGUUGAAUACAGGGCCGGCCGUUAAAGUCCCUGAUAUAGUGGCAUCUCUAGCCCUCACUCAUCACUCUUCGACGGGUCCGGCCGUUACCGAAGAGUCAAAACCUAUUCAAUCACAAACAGCUUUAAUACCAUUAACUGUUCAAAACAUAAACAAUAGUUUAGAGCAACAAAAGCAGACAAUUCUUACAAUUCCUGUACAGAGCGGUGACAAUAAUGUUGUUCAAAACGGAUCCAAUGGUUCUUCCAAUGCUGUGAUCAGAAUCGGUAGCUGUGAUACAAUUCCCACGUCUUUAGUGUUGACCACAACACCAACCACUGUGUUCGCUAGUCCUCCUCCCAAGACCCUCACCACCGGUCCCAUAGCGCCCAUCCCUACUGUCCUCUCGAGCAGCACCGGCACUGUUAGUGUCACCGGAACCACCACUACAGUCAUCGACCACAACGGAGUGCCUAUGAUUCAAGUGAGUCCUAAUAAUCAGGAAUUCCUACAACGACUCGACACACAACUCAAGAACCUAUUAUUGCUUAAGUCGCCGACCAAUCAGCAAAAGGAGCUCUUACAGGAACUCUUGUCUUUGCAGCAAAAGUUGAAUGUCGCCCGAAGUAAGAACACUUCCGAUGACCAGAAGCUUAUACUCACCACCGCUUCGACCAUCAAUAUAUCGCCGCAAACACAACAGGCGUUGCAGUCGUCGCCAAACAAUCAAAUGUCUAUCGAUUCCCAAUCGCAACAGCAAACGCCACAAAACGUGCAUUUAAUGAAUCUACUUAAGCAAACUCCUGUCAACCAGUCCUCCGCCUCACAGAUCCGUCUCCUGACACCCGCCAGUGCGGCGCCGGUCAACGGCACGGCCACUAUUCAGGUCGGCAAUCAACUCAUCACUUUCACCACUCCUGUCAAACAACAGCUCCAAAACCUAAAAUCCAUUCAGACUUCCAAUCAAACAAUUAGCAAACCACAAUUAUCAGCGCCGACUCCCACAGUCAUACUCCGAUACCAUACGCCAACGCCGACCACUUCCUCCACUUUAGUGACCACUUCGACCACAACUAAGCCAUCAAUUAUUAAAAACGACACACAAGACAAAGAGAGAAGAAAUGCCAAAAUAUUAAAAUCUAUUCAACAACAACUGAAUGUCGACCAAAACGCAGCCCUAAAGCCGGACACCAAAAAACCAUUCAAUUCUCGGGACGACGCCUGUAAACGAUUGCUUCGAUACCAUGUCUUUAAUGCUCCCGUUAUGAGCACUUCAGAUAUGGACAAAAGCGAUCGAUUGUUUGAAAUGGUUUCACAGCAUUUGUUACAUAAGAAACAGCAGUUAUUUGAUAAAUUCAGGGUUUUGUUACUCAAGCAAAGUAUGAAAGAGACGCCUUCUUCGGAACACGUGAUGAUUGACAGAAUGUUUAUAAACGAAGAAAUGAGUUCUUUGAAAGCCGAUAGAGAGACAGUCGCCGAAGGAAAAUGUAUUAUAAAAUGA